UAUUUGGAGCCAGUAAAUCAGGACGGAGGAGGACGUGUCCAUCUCAGGACCUCCCCUCCCGUCCGUCACCAUGACAACAGCCGUGGAUGGAGGAGGAGGAGGAGGAGGAGGGGGAGGGGGAGGGGGGGGGGGGGAGCAUGCGGAGCUGAGACAGGUGUUGCUGGGGUUUGCGCAUCGCCCGGGAGAUCGCCUGGCAGGAUGGGAGCAGAGGGAGCGCCGACUCAAGCCCGCCGCACUUCCCCCGGUCCCGUCCCGCUCUGCGCCUCCGAACCGCGGAUUUGAAGCAGAACCGCCCGGAACCCGCCGACCGCCGCCAUGGUGCACCACUCGGGCUCCAUCCAGUCCUUCAAGCAGCAGAAAGGCAUGCACACCAGCAUCAGCGAGAUCCUGAAGGAGAAGAGCCUGAAGCCGUCUCGCCGCAGCCUGCCCUGCCUGGCCCAGAGUCAGACUCAUCCCAUCAACCUCAACCACUUCCUGUCUGUGCCUCUGAGUCCGGAGCCCAAACCAGAGGUGGAGGCUCUGAGUCAGAGCAUCAGCACCUCCUGCAGCCUCCUCCCCCCACAUUCAGCAGAGGACAGCAAGGAUCACUACGUGGAGGAGACUGAAGUGAGUACCUGUGAAACGCGAGCAGACGAGCCGUUCCUGCUGCAGAAGCCCGUCACCCGUGCUAAAUUAGAGGCGCGCACAGAUUCACUUCAGGGGAAGAAUCCAGUCGAUUCGUCGGGGCUGUUUUUCCGAGAUGGGAAGAAGCGCAUCGACUACAUCCUGGUGUAUAAGAAGUCCAGUCCGCAGGUGGAGAAAAGGUGCACGUUCGAGAAGAACCUCCGAGCCGAGGGCCUGAUGCUGGAGAAGGAGCCCUCCCUGACAAACAAUGACAUCAUGUUCGUGAAGGUCCACGCCCCCUGGGACACGCUCUGCAAAUACGCCGAGCAGAUGAACAUCCGAAUGCCUUUCAGAAAAAAAUGCUACUUCACAGACUGGAAGAGCAAAACCUUGGGCAGCAGGUUUCAUCUGAGAUGUCGCCAGAUCAAAAGCUGGCUUCCCAGAAAUCCCAUGAAGCUGGACAAAGAAGCCCUGCCCGACUUGGAGGAGAGCGACUGCUACACGGCCCCGUUCAGCAGAGCCCGCAUGCACCAUUUCACCAUCAACAACCGAGAGACGUUCUUUUCCAACUCCACCAGAAGCAGAAUAGUCCAUCAUGUCCUGCAGCGCACCAAGUACGAGGACGGAAAGUCAAAGAUGGGUAUCAACCGGCUAUUGGGCAACAACACGUAUGAGGCGGCCUUUCCUCCGCACGAGGGUGGUUACAAAAGCAGGCAUCCUAUUAAGACGCACGGCGCCCAGAACCACAGGCACCUCCUGUAUGAGCGCUGGGCCCGCUGGGGGAUCUGGUACAAAUAUCAGCCUCUGGACCUCAUCAGGCGAUACUUUGGUGAGAAAAUCGGCCUUUACUUUGCGUGGCUGGGCUGGUACACCGGCAUGCUGAUCCCUGCUGCCCUGGUGGGUGUGUUCGUCUUCCUCUACGGCCUCUUCACUAUGGACUCCAGUCAAGUCAGUAAAGAGAUUUGUGAAGCCAACACCACCAUCAUGUGUCCAAUGUGUGAGGAAACCUGUGAGCCGUGGACCCUGAGUGACAGCUGUGUUUACGCUAAGGUGACUCAUCUGUUUGACAACGGCGGCACUGUCUUCUUUGCGAUCUUCAUGGCUAUCUGGGCCACAGUAUUCCUGGAGUUCUGGAAAAGGAGACGAGCAGAGCUGACUUAUGACUGGGAUCUCAUCGACUGGGAGGAGGAAGAGGAGGAGCUGAGGCCCCAGUUUGAAGCCAAGUACUCUCGUGUGGAGAGGGUUAACCCCAUCUCUGGCAAACCCGAGCCGUUCCAGCCCUUCUCAGACAAACUCAGCCGGCUCAUGGUGUCUGUGUCCGGAAUAUUCUUCAUGAUUUCCCUUGUUCUGACGGCCGUGUUUGCUGUUGUGGUUUUCCGUCUCAUUGCGAUGGAGAAGUUCGCCUCCUUCAACUGGCAUUUUGUGAAGAAGAACUGGCAGUUCGCCACCUCUGGCACGGGCGUCUGCAUCAACUUUAUGAUCAUCAUGUCCCUCAACGUGGUGUAUGAAAAGGUGGCCUAUUUGCUCACAAAUUUAGAGCACCCGCGGACAGAGUCAGAAUGGGAGAACAGCUUCGCUCUGAAGAUGUUCCUCUUCCAGUUUGUUAAUCUAAACAGUUCCACUUUUUACAUCGCUUUCUUCCUUGGAAGGUAUGCUGGCAGGCCUGGAAAAUAUAAUAAACUGUUUAAUCGAUGGAGGCUCGAAGAGUGUCACCCAAGCGGCUGUUUGAUCGAUCUCUGCCUGCAAAUGGGAGUCAUCAUGUUCUUCAAACAGAUCUGGAACAACUUCAUGGAGCUCGGUUAUCCCUUGCUGCAGAACUGGUGGUCUCGUAGGAAGAUGAAGAAAGGGGGCGGCGGAGGGCAGAACGUAGAGAAUAAAACCCAGCUCCCACAGUGGGACAAAGACUGGAAUCUGCAGCCGAUGAACGCUCACGGCCUGGUGGACGAAUACCUGGAAAUGGUCCUCCAGUUUGGAUUCACCACCAUCUUCGUAGCAGCGUUCCCUCUCGCCCCGCUCCUCGCUCUGCUCAACAACAUCAUCGAGAUUCGUCUCGAUGCCUACAAGUUUGUCACUCAGUGGAGGAGACCCAUGCCGGCCCGAGCCACCGAUAUCGGUAUCUGGCACGGGAUUCUCGAAGGCAUCGGCGUGCUGGCGGUCAUCACCAACGCCUUCGUCAUCGCCAUAACCUCAGACUACAUCCCUCGCUUUGUGUACGCCUUCAAAUACGGCCCCUGCGUGGACAAGGGACACCACCACGCGGACGAGUGUCUGCAGGGCUACAUGAACAGCAGCCUGUCCGUGUUCGACAUGGGGGAGCUGAUGAACAGCAGCCUGUCCAGAUACUGCCGCUACAGAGACUACAGAGCGCCGCCCUGGAGUCCGGUGCCGUACGAGUUCACUCUGCAGUUCUGGCACGUCCUGGCCGCCAGGCUGGCAUUCAUCAUCGUGUUUGAGCACCUGGUGUUUGGGAUCAAGUCCUUUAUAGCGUACCUCAUACCGGACAUGCCGAAGGAUCUCUGCGAUCGCAUGAGGAGGGAGAAGUACCUGAUGCAGGAGAUGAUGUACGAAGCAGAGCUGGAACAUCUACAGAAGGAGAGGAAGAAGAACGGGAGGCGUUAUCACCACGAAUGGCCUUAGCUUUUACCACGUUACCGCCCUCCCGUGUCUCCGUGUCUCCACUACAUGCCGCACAGCCCUCAGAUCACAGGCACAACCUCGUCCGCCUGCUUGUUGAUGUAUUUUUAGCUUUGGGAGUCUAUCCUCACUCGACUGAUUCUGUACACCAAAGACACCCCCUCAAGAUCCUCCCCGCCCACCGAAAACCUUUCUGGCUUCAGCCCAAGCUUCUGACCACGGCCCCUUCCACGCCAUCUGCUACGCACCCUGGAUUUUGGCCCCAAAGCCUUCCUGCCCCACCCUAAAUCCCCCCUCCCUCCCUCCCUCCCUCCCUCACCUGGUGUCAUCCAGCAGGUCGCCCUUGUGCUGCGUCAUGGCUUCAGUGGGAAAAAACCUUUGCAAUUGUAAUGUUUACUAUGCAGAUCAAGGGCUGCAGAUCACCACUGUUCACUUUUCGAGCACCCAUCCUGCAAUCUCUCUGUGUGGCAGCUAAAGCUAGCACGUCGCUUCGACUCCGCAGUCCGGUGCAGCUCGCAGCAUGACCGUGUCGUUUCUCGUCGGCAGCGAGCCU